AUGAAACAGAUUACUGAUCUACACAAUAAUAGCUAUGAUUUUUGGAACAUGCAGAAAUACAUAACCAAGAUGUUUGAAUGUAUACCUAACAAUCAGGAAUUAUUUAACAAGAAGUUUAUUUUACUGCACAUAAAUUGUCAUACUCAUAAUGGAGAACAAUAUUAUUUUCCUGCUGAAAUUGCAGCACUGGAAUUUAAUUUAUUAAACGGUGUCUCUCGCACAUAUCAUCAAAUUAUUGGUCUUUCUAAAAUUUAUCCGAGAGGUUUUGCUGGAGGUAUGAGACAAUUUUCUGAUGAAUUUCAUCAAAUUUCUUGUUGGCAUGAACAUCCGGAUGAUUAUCAAAAUAUAUUAAUGGAAUUCACAACAUUUUUAAAGGAUGGAACCAAUCAUACAGAUUUACAAGAAGGCACACUGGACUUACCAUAUUUGUACACUGUAGAAUCAGACAUUGGUGUAGAUAUGAUGAAAACUAAAAGUAGUUUGGAAAGGUUAUACUCCACAGCUUUUCCGAAAGUUGAUGCUGCACAUUUAAAGUCUAUAUUCAAAAUAGGAAGUAUUGAAAGAUUAUUGUUGGAAGUCAAAAAAAAAUUGAACUUGCACUUAGAUCAACGUAAUUUAAGAUCAGGAAUGUCAGUUCAUGACAUUUUAGAAUCUGAAAUGUAUGGACAUGGUCUCGGUUGUAUGUACCAUGAGAUAAGAGAUAUUGCAUUCAAAUGUUCUAAAGCUCGCAUUCUUCAGUGGAUGUCAAAUAUUUGUACCCACAUCAAUACAUAUACUGGCUUACAGCUUGUGCCUGGAAAACACAUUGCAGUUCAAUUAAGAGAUGGUUCAAGAAUGAUUGUUGAAAAUGAAGAUUUGCCUCUCUCGAAACAAGAUUUAAAACUAGAAAAUAUAAAUUAA